AUGGCGAGCCUCGCAAGAUAUCGUCGAACCGCCCACUCCUCCUCCGACGUCAGCGAUGCCGGAGAGUUUCUGGUCUCCAACGUCGAGUUCCGUGUCUCGGCACCACCAGCUCGGCCCCUGCCCAUGUCAACUCUUACGGUACAUUCAGACUGCACGCCCAUCCGGGACGUCCUCGGACGAAGCUUAGAGGAUGGCGUGGCCACCAUCUUCGCCAAACAUGGCAUCAGACCAAUAGAACCUCCUGAGCUUGUCUUCCGCGCGGUGUACGACUAUACCAACUUUGACGAUGAUCGCGAAGAGGUCGGAGAUCCUACAGUUUUUACUGUAGCCCCUUGGGACCAGACGUCUCCCACCAUCUGGGAGAACGCGGUCAAGCAGGCAAAACGGUUUGUCGAUGCGCAGACUUGCGCGCACUCGCGGCUACAACACCUCAAUGUCGCAGUCGAAAUUGUUGCCGAAGAGCUUGUCCAAAUGACGUAUACAGACCUUCCGGACUGGACCCCGUCGCUCAGAGCAGACUGGGAGUGCCAUAUCGAACGCAAGGUAUACGAGAUCUUGCAGGCGCACUCGGCAACUGCAAGCAAGGUCACCCAUCUCACCCUUUACACGUACGGAUUAUCCAGAAAUUAUUCAAACAACCCCCUUACGGUUUUUAUCACCGUGAACUACGAAUCCGAGGAGGCCAGAUGGCCCAUGGUCCUUCGCGAGAUACAAGAGUAUCUCAGCACAUUCCCCCACAAUCUCCGCGUGCACAUGGAACAUGGAGUUUUCAUGUCAUACAGCGAGUUCUGGGAAUUGGCCUUUAAGUAG